AUGGAGCAAACGAUAGUGUCUCCACUGCUUGGGCCUGCAAUGCCAUUUCAGGAUGUACCUGAUCAAGACUUGCAAAUAUUGGAAUACAGACCAUCAACAUCCUCGAGUUUUGGCACUCUCAAGUCCAAGACAGAAGUCCCGUCAGGUUUGCAGCUGAAAGCCAGCAAUGCGCAGGCCAAUGAUGAAAAUAGGCAGGCGCCUGCUUAUUCUGCAUCAGAGGCAAACAGAGAUGCUUCAGAAUCAAUCCAUUCCAAGCAUCUGAAGACGCUCAACCUAAUGAUAAAUGAAGAGCUUCGUAUUCUUUGCUGCGAGAUCUGUCAGGUCGCCAUUCCACCUGAAACGGCCAAAGCUCACAUCACAAACUCGCAUCCCAACAUAAAGUUUGAUGCAGUCAAAUUUUCCAAAGCCAGGGAAGCAGAGGGCAUACGAUCAGACCUACCUGUGAUAUUAGAUCCUAGACCACAGGUCAAAGGACUGGCGGUGCACGAUGCGAUCUCUUGCGGUCAAUGCAACAAAGUCCUUGUCAGCAAAAAAUAUAUGCACGAGCAUCAUUCACAAGCGCACAAGGGCAUAAGGAUGCCUCAAGAGUGGAGGGCAUGCAAAGCUCAGCGAUUCAGAAGAGGAGGGCCAGGAACGCAUCAGAUGUAUUGGGAAGUUCAGAAUCACGUUGAAACAGGAGUUCAUGCCAAUAGACUCAUCGGAGCCAUAUUGAAAGAGAUGGAGGAAGUCCUUCGAGUAGUGGAGGCACCAGAGGACAAACGAAUGGUCAGUCCAUGGCUACUCACGACAGGCUGGCAUGAGCAUUUGGCUGGCCAAAAGACCGAGGAUCUAAUGGACUUGAUUGCGAUACCAAAGAAGAAUGACCCAGAGAUGCCCCUCCUGAAAGAAAGAGUCGAAUCAUACUAUGAGAGUGUUCUGGCUCUGCUGUCCACCACAGAUGAGCUGACUCUCCAAAGACUGAAUUCACCUGAUCCAACAAAAGAAGGAAUAUCAAACAAGCCUUUUCACAAGCAUCAAAACAAGGAGACAAUGCAGAAAUAUAUACUGCCCAUCGUAUUCUUGCUGGCGAUGCUGAUGCGAAGUGAACCUUCCAUGCCAUUUUAUUUUUCCAAGACUCAGGAGAUGCAUGACACGACAGAAGCUUUGAGCAUGAGUUUAGAGGAAGGACUGGAGGAAGAGACCGUGUCCUCAUGCAUUCACGCUCUUCUCAUGUCGACGUGGACAACAAAAUGGAAGCAGACCGACAAGAACCCCAUAGGCGAUCCCACUGAGCUGUGUCUGGCCUUGCUCACGAUACAGAGAGAUGGCUCGUUCAAAGAACCAAAGGAGGUCACUGGCAUCAUAGCUAAAGAUGAGUACUGCAUGCGGGCAUCUUUUAUCAAGGAGAUCAGAGACCAAGUAGAAGAUGGAAUUGCAGCAGACGAGAAUGCAGCCUGCAACAUCCUGGAGCCUUGGUUUACAGAAAAGACAAACUCGACCUUUUCGCGUCUCAGAUCUCUGCAGCACCGUGCCUCCAGCAUUGCAUUUUCCACCAGGAGUCUCCCACGUAUCUGGUGGACCGACAUGGUUCAUUGGCGCACCAUGCUCUACAAAGGCAAUCGGAUUGACCUCGAUGAUGUCUGCAGGAUGUUUGCAAAGACAGAGGAGAAGCUGGUGGAGAUAUGGGAAAACAUGGUGUUGAAGAAUAUCAAGAUCAGGAUCGACUAUGAAAGAGAUCGGUUGCUGGAGGCAUUCUUCAACGAUGAAAAGAUCCUGCAGCACUUUGCAGUGGUCAGAGAGGGCGAGCUAUUAUGGAACCGAGGCAAACUCAUAGAAUGGCUACAAAACUAUACCGAGCUUCAUAGCCUCAUUCUUUUACGAUGCGAGAUGUUGAGCGGCUCCCCAGGAUGCGGAACAGAACUAACAGCCAUGAUGUAUCGCAACACCAGCACUCGAACGACCCGCAAUCUGGUCAUACUGGGCAAGCACAUCACAAUGCUUUGCACGUACUCAAAAACGAGCACGCUGACAGGACAAGACAAGCUCAUACCCCACAGCUUGGAUGCAGUCACGAGCGACAUACUGAUUCAGGAUCUUGCCUUGGCCAGACCUUUUGCAGAAUUUGCAGCUCACAUCUGCUUUCCUGACGACAAGGCCAUGAAGGACAGAUAUCGCAACCAGCUGUUCGUCAACUUCAAAAAGUCAUUCGACUCCACGCACCUGUCCGCGGUCAUGACGCGCUACAGCAUACCUCAUCUCAGUUAUGGUCUGACGAUAAACUCUUGGAGGCACAUACACACAGCCUGGAAGCGCAAAUUCAAGUGCUCCAUGGAAGACCUGCUGGAGGAAGAUGCAGAAGAUGAUGUGGAUGCCCUGCAGGCUGGCCACAGCCGGCACACAGAGAAUCGCGUCUAUGGACUCAGCAUGCAGGCUAUCGCUGGAGCAGCUGAGGAUGUACUCCCCCUGUUUUUGAAUGCCAGCACCACAUGGCAGACCACAUGCAAGACAGUCCCUGGAGGACAGCUUCUUCCAUACCAUGAGGCACGGUCCAUAGACUUUGCAAAAGUGCAGCAGAUAUCAGAUGAAAACAAGCGGGCGCCCGCUAAUUCAGCAGUGCAAAUGGGAAGUCCUUCAGCCACUCAUCUGGAAGCAUGCAGCAUCGAUGACAUAGCAAAGAAAGUGGUGGAUCAACUGACCCCAGUCCUCACUUCAGUCAUUCAAGCUGCUGUCCAGGAAGCAGUUGUGAGGCAGUUCAAGUCCGCUGUGUUGCGGCCCAUUUAUAUGGAAUCACAUCAAAAAAUGGAAGAUAGCAAGCAGACCACUUCAUCACACCCAGCUCAUGCAAUAUCAGAGGACAAGCAUCAAGAAAUGCAAACAAGCGGACACCCGCUUGUUCUAGAUAUGGCAUUGCAGCCAGCUUGCGAUGAAUCAAAGGACCAGCAUCGAGAAGAAAUGCAGAUAAGCGAGCGCACGCCUAUUUCUGAUCUCCCAGACACAAGGAGCUUCACUGAGACUGAGGCGCUGCAAGCAAUGAGAAAGCUGCUGCACAAUGAAAGCGCAUCUUGGAAAUCAGAGCAGCAGAAAGAGGCAAUGAGAGUGGUGUCUGAGAGAAAGAAAGACGCGAUAGUUGUCCUUCGCACAGGAGGAGGCAAGUCUAUGCUCGCGAUCAUUCCGAGCCUGCUGGAGAAGAAUUCGGCAACAGUCCUGGUCCUGCCCUUAAACUCUCUGCUGAUGGACUUUCAACGAAGACUGACCAGCAUGGGAGUGCCCUUCCAGACGUACGACAGAAAUGUCAACAACGGAGAUCUCAACAUCAGAGACAACCUGAUUCUGGUCACAGCAGACAAGGCUCGAUCAGCACGGUUCAGAGAAGCGCUGGCGAUCCUGAAUAAGAAGAAGUCGGUGGGACGCAUGGUGUUCGACGAGUCCCACUUACCUCUCAUCGCCAAUGACUACAGAGAUGCUCUGGAGGACGUCUACGACCUUCGCAGCAUUCCGAUGCAGAUCAUUUGUCUCUCCGCCACACUGCCCCCCUCCUGCAUUGCAGAUCUCAUUCUGUCGUUUGGUCUGGUCCAGGAUACUGUGGUAAUAAGAGAGUGCACCAACAGAGAAGAGAUCGAAUACAUUCUGGAGAAGCCAUCAUUCUCAGAGAUCUUGAUCAGAGCAUUCAGCAUUGUAGAAGAGGAGAUGGGGAGCUGGCAGGACAAAGACAGAGGAUUGGUGUUUGUUCCGACGCUGGGCCUGGGUGAAAGGCUCAUGAAGGAGAAUGGCUGGCCAUUAUAG